AUGGCUGAGUAUGAGGCAUGUAUCCUGGGCAUCAAAGCUGCCAUUGAUAUGAAAAUUCAGUUCCUGGACGUAUAUGGAGAUUCAGCCCUGGUAGUGAGUCAGAUUAAAGGAGAUUGGGAUACCAAGCAUGAAAAUCUUAUUCCCUACAGAGAGCAUGUGUUGUCUUUGAUCCCACAUUUUGAAGAGAUUACCUUUGGACACAUUCCACGAGGAGAGAAUCAGUUGGCAGAUGCAUUAGCCACCAUGGCAUCUAUGUUUGAGAUUAGCUGGGAUGAUGAAGCUCCCAAGAUUACUAUUGAUAGAUUUGAGAAGCCUGCAUACUGCAAUGAGAUUGAUACUGAAGGAGGAGAGGAAAAGCCUUGGUUCUAUGAAGUAAAAAGAUAUCUUGAAACUCAGGAGUUCCCUGAAGGGGCAUCUGUCAAAGAUAAGAAGUUUCUAAGGAGGUUUUCUGCUAAGUUCUUCUUGAGUAAUGGAAUUUUGUACAAACGCAAUCAUGAUUAA